AUGGAACUGCUGUCAGAGAGCAGUGACUACAGCGAGGUGAUAUCCGACUCCUUCCCCUCCGCCCCGGCAGAACCUCUCCCAGAGUUCCAGCUGGAACCCGAGGAUGGGUUCGUCGUAAAGAACCGUCCGGUGCAGCUCCGCUGUAGGGCCGCCCCCGCUACGCAGAUAUACUUCAAAUGUAACGGAGAGUGGGUCAACCAGAACGAUCAUGUGACCAAAGAGAGCCUCGACCAGAUCACAGGCCUGGUGGUGAGGGAGGUGGAUAUCUCUGUAUCGAGGACCCAGGUGGAGGAACUGUUUGGUCUGGAGGACUACUGGUGUCAGUGUGUUGCCUGGAGCUCUGCAGGCACCACCAAGAGUAGCCGGGCGUACGUCCACAUCGCAUAUCUGCGUAAGUCCUUUGAACAGGAGCCUCUGGGUCGAGAGGUGAGAUUGGAGCAGGAGGUGUUGCUGCAGUGUCGACCCCCUGAGGGUAUUCCCCCUGCUGAGGUUGACUGGUUAAAGAAUGAGGAAACCAUAGACCCAGCUCAGGACUCUAACUUCCUGAUGACCAUUGAUCAUGACCUCAUUAUUAAACAAGCCCGUCUCUCUGACACGGCCAACUACACUUGUGUGGCACGUAACCAUGUAGCCAGGAGACGCAGUAGUACCGCCACGCUUAUCGUCUAUGUGAGUGGGGGCUGGUCUUCGUGGACUGAGUGGUUGGAGUGUAACGCCCAGUGUGGGCGGGGCUGGCAGAGACGGACACGCAGCUGCACCAAUCCCGCUCCUCUAAACGGGGGAGCCUUCUGCGAGGGCCCGCCUACUCAGAGAAUUACAUGCACCACUAUAUGUUCAGUGGACGGAGGCUGGACAGAGUGGGCCAAGUGGUCAGUGUGCGGGACAGAAUGUACCCAUUGGACAAGCAGGGAGUGUCAGGCCCCCCCGCCCCGAAACGGAGGACUCCACUGUAGUGGGAGCAUGAUGGAGAGCAAGAACUGCACCGGCGGACUCUGUACACGCAUGCGUCAGAACGAGGGCG